UGCUGGUCUUACCUUUUUAUUACCGUCUUUACACUGAUAACUGUCACUGAGAAUUUAUUCGUGUAUCACCACGAACCUAUUUUACGUCCCCUAGAUGACGCUCCCCCAGCGAUUUCCAAGUACCCCUAUUAUGCAUCCCAACGUCUUUCAACUGACUUCCCCCUAAGGCACACUCCCUGCCGUACUAGACUGUUUCUCUUCCCUUGGCACCAUCCAUUCACGGGGCCCUGUAACACUUAAUUUUGAAGUCGUGAAAAGCAUUUCACACAAAAGUGCACACGUUUAGAAAUAUUUAGCAGCAAAAAGUAUCAUAAUUCGAUCAUAGAAGCAUAGUUAUCGUCAUUCAAGGAUCUCCCUUUGACCCCUGCGGUGCUUCCACUCCUUCACUGGCUUGCACUGCAGAGGCUUCUGUGUAGUGAGUGGUGCCCGCAAUGCUCUGCUCACUUAACGACAUGGUGGCGUGCAGUUAAAAUUUGGUUUUCACUGUUCAUGUAGGCGUCACUCCUUCCGGUUCUAAUGCCUUCGACACGCAAACUCGUAAAGUGUUCAACUUAUGACUGAGUUGCCAUAGAGCUUAUAUACUACAACAGGCUAUCGCUCUAGCUCUUGUGUAUGCAUUCAAAGUAGUUAAAAGAAGCUGAGUAGAGUUUUUUUCUGUGGCCGACGAGUACUGCGGUGUGCCAGUGGUUGUGUGGGCUAGUUCAUGUUGUCUACCCGACAAUGGAUCCUGCUUUUCGACGGCGGCUAAAGCCUUUGCAGCCAACAACUGCACACCGACGUCGCAGUUUCCUGUUCAUUUUCACCGAACGACUUGUAAAGCGCAUUUUGCACAAAUGACUUAACUGUGAAUGCCACACAUGCUAGGUUUGUGCUGCAUGCCUGCUUUCGUUCAGGCAAGUUGAUGCAUUCAGAAAUUGUGUACAAAAAGACAAAGAUGCCGUGGAACGUGCAGACCCACACUGCAGUAGUGGACAGCAAAGCCUCAGCGAUGGCACAAUCUUGCGCUUCGGAGGAGCCACAACUUGAGCAGAUAACAGGCAUCAAAUACCGGAAGUGCAUCAGUGAAUAUUUAUGUAGCUGCUUUGAAUACGGUGUUAUUUUAUUAUUUUAAUGUGAAGCAUUCUUUCAGAACGUCAGGCGCUUAGAGUGUGUCUAUCCAUCUAGCCUCCUAUGUCGGGAUGUCGUCAUGGUCGUUUCUUCAACUGGGUAUAUAUCGGAAUAGGCAUAGGGGGCGGGGCAUGGCAUCCAUGCAUACAUAACAUGAAUGACACGUGGCAUGGGAAAGGUGGGAGGUGGAAGUUCCAAGACAAUGAGCAAAACGAGAACAAGGUAAAAGCCAGAGCCAGCAUUUCAAUAAAUGGACUUAUCUUUUGCAAGGUGACAUUGUUUUGCUCCAUGUCAUGGCAUCUAAGUUAUGACAUGUAAGUCAUGACAUUAAUGGUAUGAAUUACAAGGUGCUGUCGUGGUCGUUGGUUUAACUCUACAUAUAUUAGGAUAUGAAUGGCAUGUAUGCGCGACUCUGACAUGGAUGACAUUAUAUAGAUGUCAUGACAUCAAUGACAUGCACGUCAUGAGUGACAAGACAUGCAUGUGCAUUUCAUGUCAUGACCACAGUGAUAUCACAGGCUUGUCACAGCAUGUAUAUUGUGACAUAAAUGGUAUGAAUGACAUGAUACGAUUGUGGUUGUUUCCGUAACUCGAUAUACAUUGGGAUACGAAAGUUAAAUAUUCGGCAGAUAUCUGCCUGGUUGUGGACAACUGAAUCAAAAAGGAGUACACCAAGCAAAAGUUAUCUUAAAAACUCGGAUGUUUCGGAGCCCAACUGGCUCCUUCUUCAGGGGUGCGAUGUCAUGGCAUGCAUGUCAUGACAUCAGUGUCAUAAGUGAGAUGACAUGCAUUUAUUUAACUGGAUAUAUUCUGGAUAUGCAUUUAUGAUAUGUAUGUAUGACGUGGUUCUCAUGAAUUUCAUCAUAUUCAUGACAAGAAUGCCAUAAAUUCAUAUCAUGCAAGCAUGGCAUGACAUUAUUACCAUGACAAGAACUUAUGCCAACCCAGUGGACCAAGUCGUCUACUAACUUGGGCCUAUGACUACAGUCGGUUCUCGUUACAGCGGACCCUGAUAAUCCGACAAAAAGGCCCGUUUUAUCCGAAGUCCGUAAUACCCGAAAUGCCUCACUUCUGAAACUUUCGUCGCGAUGUCUAACAACUUUAUUGCAAAGAGCAAGUGACGAACGUCCAAAGUAAAAAAAAAAAAAAAAAAAAAAAAAAAAAAAAAAAAAACCUAGUAGUUUUGUUCGAAAGGCGAAGCAUCGAUUGUGAUAGCAAAUUAAACAAGCGCGGUAUCAGCAGCGAGUGAAUUGAUCUUCGUGCUGCCUCUCUUCAAGGCGAACUAAACGUCAAAGCACGGCGCAUGUGAAGCUACCGGUACUGGGCGCACUUUGUCCGCAUCGCAGAUCGCUUUCAAGAUGAGGCCUGCGCGGGCGCGCACUUUGUUCACAUCGCAGAUCGCUUUCAAGGUACGGCAGGCGCGCACUUUGCCCACAUCGCAGAUCGCUUUCAAGAUACGGUGCCCGCGCGGGCGCGCACUUUGUCCACAUCGCAAAUCGCUUUCAAGAUACGGCGGCAGCGCUGUAAGCAGCCGGAGUAGAACCCCCCUCUCUCUCGCAUGUCCCCACCCACCCAUGCCUCGCGCGCGCGAUAUUGAGCCGCGAUGGUCGGCUGACAUUUAAAGCCCCUUAAACAUCGUAAGGUAACGGCACGCUUUGAAGAAUACCGCCCCCUCCUAGCGCGCUCUGGCCGACGCCGCGUCGCUAUUGGCCUAAUAGCAUCACAUGGGCUCUCGCGCCGUGCCUCAGCGCCAUUUUCGCUCGAGAAGGGUCUGCAGAGUGGCGAGGAGCGCAUGCUGGCGCCGUCGCUACGCUCGAGCGGUGUACUCGGCGCCGCGGAUGAAGAGGGCGUGUGGAAGAGAGGAGAAAUGAGGAUGAGUGAAGGCAGAGGAGUAGAGCGUCGCUACUUUACAAAGUUUAAGGGGCUUUACUGACCCUCGCAGGCCGAUCAGGUGUGCUGCGAACUUCAAAGGGGCGGCUGCGCCCGUAUGACGAUCCCGGACGCUUCCAUCAGGACUGCCUCGUUGCACAUGCGUUCACCUGGGCGGUUAUCAUCCACGUGCAGUCGGCAAGCCCAAAGUUCCCGGAUGCAAGAAGCCGGGCGGAGGAUCACGUGGUGUCUGCCAACAGCUGUAUAAACCGUUCAACACCCAGGCAUCAUCCCAGUCAGCGGCAAAGCGCUUCUUUGUGUAACCCUGCUUUUCGCUCUUGGCAGGCCGAUCAGGUGUGCUGCGAACUUCAAAGGGGCGGCUGCGCCCGAACGACGAUCCCGGAUGCUUCCAUCAGGACUGCCUCGUUGCGCAUGUGUUCACCUGGGCGGUUAUCAUCCACCUGUAGUCGGCAAGCCCAAAGUUCCCGGAUGCAAGAAGCCGGGCGGAGGAUCACGUGGUGUCUGCCAACAGCUAUAUGAACCGUUCAACACCCAGGCAUCAUCGCAGUCAGCGGCAAAGCGCUUCUUUGUGUAACCCUGCUUUUCGCUCUUGGCAGGCCGAUCAGGUAUGCUGCGAACUUCAAAGGGGCAGCUGCGCCCGUACGACGAUCCCGGACGCUUCCGUCAGGACUGCCUCGUUGCGCAUGCGUUCACCUGGGCGGUUAUCAUCCACGUGCAGUCGGCAAGCCCAAAGUUCCCGAAUUCAAGAAGCCGUGCGGAGGAUCACGUGGUGUCUGCCAACAGCUAUAUAAACCGUUCAACACCCAGGCAUCAUCGCAGUCAGCGGCAAAGCGCUUCAUUGUGUAACCCUGCUUUUCGCUCUUGGCAGGGGAGUUUGAUUUGCCAAUUGCUGUAACUAGUUAUAUUGUAUUAUUUUUUUUCGCCGCUGACUGCAAAAAUGCCUGAUACAUGCUCUACUUGCACCAAACCCGUGGACGGGAAGUGUUUGAGUUGUUCUCGCUGCGAAAGAUGUUACCACUGUGGAAAGAACUGUUCUAUUAUCUCGAAAAAUGCGUUUUCAAAAAUGUCGACUGCUAAGCAUGAAACCUGGACAUGUCCAUCAUGCGAAUCCAGUACAAGCAAUCACUCCGACUCGGAUGAUUGUGAUGCUUCUUUUGGUCAUGAAUUCUCUGCUGUUAACAGCAAGCUUGACCAACUGAGAGUUACGGUUGAAGCACUCACAACUAAAGUGGCGGAACUACUUCAAUUUAAGGACACAGUUGAAGAAGGGGCCGAAACUGUUACUGAAAUUCAAAAGUCAAUUGAAUUCCUUUCUAAUAAAUAUGAAUCUGUAAAGUCUGGCCUGGAAGCUAACCAAACAGCAUUAACUCAGCUACAUGCCCGAGUGGAAUCGCUUUCUGAGACUGUUGACGCUCAGGCUGAGCUACUGGAUAAAUCAAGGUGCGCAGUUAAUGAUCUUGAACAGUACAGCAGGCGAUGCAACAUUGAAAUACAUGGCCUCCGAACCAACCCUAACGAGAAUUUGGUUUCUUUCAUGGCUGAUCUAGCUCAAAAUCUUGAUUUUUCGGAAUUUGAAGCAAAUACUAUUGCUUCAAUACGUCGAAUGCCGAACAGAGACAGUUCGACUCCCCCUAUCCUUGUGCAGAUGCGUGUCGUGGCGUCUAAAGAAAAAUGGCUUGCGCUACGGACAAAGCUUCGCAAUUUGCGUACUGAUGAGUCUCAUCCUCAGUUGUAUUUCAAUGAAAAUUUGACAAGGACAAACAAGGAGCUUUUCCGAUUGGCCAGGUCCAAGGGAAAAGAAAACCAGUACAAAUUUGUGUGGACACGUAACGGCAGAGUUCUGGCCAAGAAAUCCGAAGAAGUGAAGGCUGUCAUCCGCAUUGAGAAGUUGUCUGACCUAAAUAAGAUCUGCUAAGCAUGAGCAAUCUCUAAUUCCUUACGUGUGCAACUUUUUCUGAAGCAACAAAAUAUUUCACAAGUGACGCGCAACUUGCAUUUCGCGCAACGCACGUUAAUAUCCGUAGUAUACGAAAGCAUUAGGAUGAAUUCAUGGCCGUAACUUCAACUUUUCGUUCUACAUUUGACGUAUUUGUACUGAUGAAAAUUAACAUUUCAGCUGAUAUUUUUAACCAGUAUGCAAUACCGGGUUACCAAUCAAUUUCAUGCACAUGACCUGCAAAAAAAGGGGGCGGCGUCGCAGUUUUUGUGAGAGACAGUUGGACUAUUACAGAGCUAAAUUUUGGCUUCCAGCAAGCAGAAGUUGUAGCUUUGCGUAUAAGCACGCCAGCUCUCUCUUUGGUACUCUUUGCAGUAUACCGACCCCCCUGCUUUAAUGGCAGGCUCUUUUUGGCCGAACUUGACACCGCCCUCUCAGCUCACUCGCAUGAAGACUAUAUCUGUGUAAUAGGCGAUAUUAAUAUAGAUACCUUUCGCCCUUCUAUGGCUCUGGUCGCAGAUUACCUUGAUCUGUUAUCAAAAUGGGGACUGCAACCAACUAUCCAGAAAGCAACGCGAGAAGAAUUUCUGGCAACUGGUCGUCUCUUGCAUCGACCAUAUAAAUAUAAGAGCUCCGAAUUUCGCCCUACAAUCUGCUAUCGUCGAAGCAAAACUGUCGGACCAUUACUUUGUUUGUUGCUCUUUAGCCUGGAAAUCGAACCCUCCAACAGCGGAUCGCGGCAAAAAAGAAAUAUCCAUCUGUGAUCCCAAAACCUUCUACAGACUGGCAUCGGAAUACGAUUGGGAAGUGUUCUUGGAAAAAGUGUCCCCGAUAGACAUGUAUGAUAAACUUGUUGAACUAGUAUAAGAGUUUAAGAAAGCAGCUACUCGCGUAGUUGAAAUCGGGCAGCGCAAUAAAGAAAACUCGUGGAUGACCUCCAAAAUACUAUCGGCUAUAAAAGAAAAGGAUUUGCUCUGGGCCCAGUCGAAAAGGGCACCUGCUUCUAUCUUGCUACGGUCAAAAUUUAAGGUUGCGAGAAAUAAAGUGAAUGCAAUGAUUCGUCAGGCUAAACGAGUACAUUUUUGUAACAAGUUUAAGAAAGCAGGCUCAGAUACUAGAAAAACGUGGUCUUUGAUUAAUAAUCUAAGAGGUGUCAAAAGGCGUGGCAAUGAUGGAAAAGAUUUCGUGUCGUAUUUUGGCACUGAUGAAGAAAACAUAGCUAAUGAAUUCAACAAGUUUUGCUCGCAAGUUUCGGGUAGUGCGCAACAGCAUCCCUUAUUUUGUACUCUUAAGAACAGCACAUUCAAAUCGGCACACCUACCUUUGCUAAAUGAGGAUGAUUUAAGUUCAAUUAUUUUCAGUCUUAAGCGAAAUAGAUCUAUGGGAAUAGAUGGAAUUUCAGUGAUCUGAGAACCUUGUUCGACAUACUUAAAAGCGUGUUGCUGUCGCUGUUCAACAGCAUUAUCUCAAGUGGCAUGAUCCCGCCGAACAUGAAAGCGGCAAUUACCCCAAUUCACAAAGGUGGUGCACAUAAUAGAUAUGAAAAUUAUCGUCCUAUUUCAGUCUUGCCCUGUUUGACUCAAAUAUUAGAAAAACAUCUGCUGUUUACAAUGACAAGUUUCUUAGAUAAGCACAAAACCCUGUCACCGCGUCAGUAUGGCUUUGUACAAGGUAAAGGGACGGAAAUGCUUUUGGAGGACUUUUCUGACAUGUUAAAUCGUUCUUUUGAAUGUAACCAAGUGGUGUGUGCACUGUUCCUGGAUGUCAGCAAGGCUUUUGACAGCGUUUGUCACACUCUGUUAUUGUGUAAACUAUCCAGGUUAGGCUUCCUUGGAGUGUUUCUUUCGCUUUUGAAAAAUUUUUGACAGCAGAGAACGCAGUAUGUCUCGAUUGGGCGGGCAAAGAGUGCUUCUUUGCUAAUAAAAGCUGGCAUUCCUCAAGGUUCCAUAAUUAGUCCCCUGUUAUUUAACGUCUACGUGAACGACCUUUUGAACGCCGUGCCUGUAGGCCUGUAUCAGUACGCUGACUAUACUGUCCUCGCAUCCCAGUCACCGAACUACUCUGACCCCCUUUCUUCUCUUCAAGCUGCAGCAACUAUUGCUAUGGACUGGUUCUCACGCAACCUAAUCAAAGUAAACAGCUCUUAAACUCAACUUAUGUUUUCACAGCCCGAUGAAGAAAGUAGAUUUGAACCAGCAGCUGCUCUUGCACGGAUCUAAUUGUUCUCAAUGUCAAUGUCUACCCCUGAGCUAUAAAACUACAGUGAAAUGCCUAGGAUUAUACUUUGACAGUGCUCUUUCUUGGAAUGACCACUUAUCCCACGUUUGUAAAAAGCUCCAAACCGUCUCCUGUGUGCUGUACAACAUUAGAUACUAUAUGCCACUUUCAAUAUGCAAAGCUAUUGUAAACGCUCUCGGUUAUAGCGUACUGCGUUAUGGCAUAACGAUCUAUGGUCACUGUGCAGUUCGUUGGAAGAAUAGGAUCAAUUCUCUCCCAAGAUCUUUGUUAAAAAAUAUUGGCUAUGAUUUAGGCCUGCGCCCCAAUUCUGAUGUUUUUAAGGUAUUUUCGCUACCUGAUUUUGAUCGCCUUUUGAUGGAAACUAUUGUCCUGAAACAUUUUUGGUUUAGUGACUAUAAGAUUCCGUAUGUUCCCACACGGUCUCUUCGACUGAAGGAAGCUUUUUGUAUUCCCCGACGGUUUACAAGGUAUGGAAAGCGAGUAAGAGAUUUUUACGUUCCCUUUUACUUCAAUAGGUUGCCUCCAAGUGUUCGCCGGGCAAAAACUGAAUAUAAAAUAAAAAAGAUGGUGCGAUACGCUAGUUAGUGGGUGUACGACGUUGUACACGCAUGCUCCACCACUUGUCAAAUGAAUCCUGUGAAUUCACUGGUUACUGCAGUAUUUGUUGCACUGAUCUGAGUAUUGCCAUGCUAUUUUGUUUUCCUUCCUCGCUCUUUAUUCUGAUGUGUUUUUUAUAUGUAACUUGGGUUCCGUGUCUAUUUUUAUUUUGCCACUCUACUAAUUUGAUGUUCUCUAAUUUUUAAUGUGCGUUCAUGCCUGUGUGUUUAUCUGCGUGGUUCCGCUGCCUGUCGGGCUCUGCCACUCAAGCCCAAUGAGGCUAUGGCAGGCCGGAUGUUUGUACAUUUUUUCAAUACUUGGCGCAAUAAAGUAUUAUUAUUAUUAUUA